GUUUGAUUCCCCCUCACUGGUUCCUCAAAGGUUUCUAUUCAGUUUGUCGCCGUCAUUCGCCAUUUGUGAGGAGGCGUGCUUGGAUGGAGCGGUGAUAGUGAGGUCGUGGGGCAGAAGAUGAGUCACGGACUUUGUUCCUGUUCAUGGUCCAGCGACUCGGUGAGGUCACGGCGGCUGAUUCUGCGAGAUACAGUUUUAUCAAGACACCGAUUGCUCCCUUCUGACACAAACGAGGAGGGGAAAAGGUUGAGGGUAACAUGAACCACAAAACGUCAAUCCCGGUUUCUCUGAACCCAAUCAGUGAUGUUCAGAGACAGAAGUCAAGGAACGGGACAGAGAGAUCACGUCCAUGAAUGUGAGCCUGUGAGGAAAAACCACGGAUGAACGGUGACAGCUGCCAACGUGUCGUACCUGGCUGGUGUCACGUUCAGACGGGCUUAAUCGUAUCGGCUUAAAGCUCAGCGUUGAAGGCACAGCUUGUUUAUGAGCAUCACAUCUGUGCUCCUGACCGUCACUGCCCAUCUGUCCUGUUCCCAUCUUUCCCUUAAGAGGCUUUUCCUGUCGACGACCGGUUAGGAUCAGCGCACAGCAGGGCAGACGUGCUAAACACGAAACACAAAACAUCUCAGCAGAAACGUCCGAUCACAUCACAUGACCCUUCAUCAUGCCUGCCAUUGUCAACCUCCUUUUCAAUGUCGUCUCCACCAACACCACAAUCUCCUUCAACACAGUACUUCCCCUGGUCAGCCUUGUCUCCCUCCUGGGGGGCGUGGGGGGUCACCUCCUCAUGUGGAUGGUGAUGGUGAGGAACCCUAAGAGCCGCUCGAAGCCGAGCUCCAUCUUGCUUCUCAACCUCAGCCUGGCGGAUACGGGUGCUCUGCUCACCUUACCCUGUGUGCUUCUGAGCGCUAGUUUCCAGGACUGGAUACUCGGGGAUACAACCUGCAUCCUUUUGGGGUUCCUGACUUCCAUAACAGUCGGGGUGGAAAUUUUCAGUCUGGCUGCUUUGUCCAUGCUUCGGUAUCGCAUUGUCGCACCACGGAUGAGACGGCCAGUAAGCUUGACGCAAGUGUUAUGCAUUGUGGUGGCGAUAUGGUUGGUGUCGGUAACCAUGGCUUUACCCAAGGUCACCUACGUCAGCUUUAGCGGGGCUUGUACGUGGUCGGUGGGCCGAGACGAGUGGCUGUUCUUUCUGGUCCCAGCCUUCUUGCUUUAUUACGUUGGCCCUCUUCUUUGUAUCGCUAUCAACUGCGGCCUCAUCAUCUCCCAUCUCCAUACCUGCAGGGGGUUUCUAUCCGGGCACCGACGUAACAAAAAAGCUACCGCUUUGCUAGUUGCUUCAACUUUAGUUUUUGCAUUGAGCUGGUUGCCAUAUUACGCACUUGAGUUUGUUAACGUUAUAUCUCCUUAUAUUAGUCCCGCGGUUCCGAACAUUGGAAUGUUUAGCCGUAAGUUGAAUUUCUGGGUCUCAACAUCUGGACCAAGCAUGGAAACGAAGACAAGAGUGUCCCUGUUAUGGGAGGUAUCAUCAUUAGCUGCUAUAUUGAUGGUGUGUCUUGCACCCUGCUGGAACCCGCCGCUGUAUUUCCUGCUGUCACGGCCUGCAGUGCGUCAACUGCGAGCUCUGCUGCCUGACUGCUUACAGGAGAAUACGGUGAAGAAAAGAAAAAUACGGCGUCGUAUCGCUCCUGUUACCCAAAUUGACUCAAAGCAGCCACAGUCUCCAGUAUUUGAAUAAAACCCUGACAAGCUGACUGAAUCGGUAAAGCCUAGGUCGCAGAAAAAUGGACAUUUUGCCCAAAUGUGACCCCAGCAAAACCCAGUCGAAUUUACCUUGAGAAGCAUUUGGUUACUCCGUUUUAGACGCCAUGUGCCUCUGCGCUUGCUUCAUCCAUUUUUCCCUCUAAGUAUCACUUAUCACUUGUGAACAUCCAGCAGCAACACAACAUUUUUGCUAUUGUUUUAUAAAAAAAUAUGCUGAACCCAGUCGAAUUUAGUUUGGUUACUCCGUUUUAGACGCCAUUUUCUGAACAGAGAAACUAGUUGAACUUCAAAUGUAAUUUUGGUAGAACAUAUUUACAAACAAUAUAUAACAUAUUUAAGCAAAGUUGAUGACUCAUGUCAGGUGGCAAUAUAGUAGGAACAUUCCAAAAAUUUGUUUAUACCGUACUUUCAAGCCAAAUACUCUGUUCUCUGUGCUUGCUUCAUCCAUUUUUUUCCCUGUUUUGGAAAAAAAAGUAUCAAAGUAUCACUCUGGCUUGUGAACAUCCAGCAGCAACACAACAUUUUUGCUAUUGUCUUAUGAAAAAUAUGCUGAACCCAGUCGAAUUUACCUUGAGAAGCGUUGGCUACUCUGUUUUAGAUGCUUUUUUCUGAACAGAGAGAGCUAGUUGAACUUAAAAUGUAAUUUUUGCGGAAUUUACAAUUGGCUUUGAAAAAUCAAACCCCGUAGAACAUAAUUACAAACAAUAUAUAACAUAUUUAAGCAAAGUUGAUGACUCAUGUGCUUGAAAAUCAGCACUGUUUUUUUGCACAUAGUCUAUCCGUAAAAGCCGUACGACCGGUACUGACCCAGAUGUAAUGGUAAUAGUAAUGGUUUUAUUUCAUUUGAACAUGCAUCAGAUUACAAUUGAAUGCAUCACAUAAUCAGUUCACAGUUCCACAUGUCCAAAAGGAGUAGGAAGAAGCAAAGCUUAUUAAAUCCUACCCCUCCAUCUGGUACUUUUACAAUCAGUAACUGUUACAUUUGUUCACUUCCUGCUUUCCAUAAAUAGGGUUAAGGGUUUUUGGGGUUUUUUUUUUGAAUGUGAACAUUUGAGCAGGAUCUUGAGACAUAAUUUAAUUUAUUUGUUUUUUAUGUUUUUUUUGUAAAUUUGUGUCAACAAAUGCUACACUUUAAGUUUAUA